UUAUCAUCUACCUUCAAACCCGGGCAAUAUGGGGAAACAAUCGGACAGUCAACACGGUACUGCUGAGCUUGCUCAUGAUAAAAUUCGCCGCCACCCUCGCAUUGUGCCAUUUCCAAAUGUCAACAACGAUUUGGAUCGUAAGACCUGGACUGCGAGGAUGUGACGCCGAACCGACAACGGCAUAUUCUUCUUACCUCCACAUCACUGUCUUCUUAAACGAAGUUGUGACGAUCGGGUUGACUUUGACAAAGGCUUUCGAGCAUAUACGAAGGUCUCGAUCGGCUUGGCUUAUGCAAAUCUACCGCAACGGAAUUCUGUACUCUGUUUUCGUCCUUGUUCUCGCUCUUUCGAACGCAAUCGUUAUCCAUAUCAAAUCCUUCGACCAACCUCCUCUGGGAUUACUCGUCCCCGCGCAGCAUGCUCUUGAAUCUGUCCUCUGCAGCAGAAUAAUCCUCCUCAUCCUCAAAGGACAGCGACGCUCAAACUCUCAAGACAUCGGCGGCUCCAGCGCAUUUACCUUGACAGAAACCGAAAGUAUGGAACUUUCGACUUCUCCCCAGAACGAAUCGUUGCCGAAUUGGAGAAUAGGAACUCGAGCCUGAGUAGUGCGUAUGAGGUGUGAAGAGUAGAUCCUAUCAUCCUAAGUAGUACAUCGGGCGAGGUACCAUUCGCUCCGCCUUGCCCUUUUGGUAUCGAAAUGCUAUCCGGUUGGACGUCGG